AUGGACAUCUUUAAAUGUAAAUAUCUAAAACAUGAAAAUGAAGAAAUUAUUGGAUUUUGUUUGAAUCAGAAUUGUUAGAAUACAACACAAUAUUGUUAUAAAUGUUUAAAUACUACUCAUUAAGAUCAUAUCAACGAUUGUAUUCGAUUCACAGAAAUUAUCUAAAUUAUGAAUGAAUCCAAGCAAGUUUAUACUCAAUAAAUGAAAUAAUUCAAAGAUAUCUAUAAACGAAUUGAGAAUUUAUUUGAAUAAUUUAAAAAAAAAAUGGAUCAGGAAAUUAAAACAUUAGAAAAUAUGACCUAAUAACUUAAAAAUUAAGAUUAUUUGACUUUUAAGUCAUAAAUUCACAUACUCAAACAGUUCUACUCUGGAGAAAAAAAAGAUUAUAAAUGUAUCCGCUUUUAAUUUAUUAAAGAAACACAAAUAAUAUAAUUGCAUAACAUUAAUAAUACAAUAAAGAAUAUGGUAUCAGAAUAAACUCAAGCUGGUGAUUAAUUUGAUUCUGGUAAUGAAAAUGAUAUUAAAAUAGCAGGAAUAAAUUUUUAAACUAAUUCUUAUUAGCAGUUGAAUAUUUAAGAAAUUGAAAAAUUAUUGAAUGAAGGUGCAGUUUUAAAAAGUUUAAAUAAGUAUUAAGAAGCAAUUGAAUGCUACGAUAAAGUUAUUUCCAUAAAUCCAAAAUAUUAUGUUUCUUGGAAUAAUAAGGGUACUUCAUUAUAAAGUUUAAAAAAAUUCUAAGAUGCAAUUGAAUGCUUUAACUAAGCUAUUUCCAUAAAUCCAAAAUAUUAUGUUUCUUGGAAUAAUAAAGGCAAUGCAUUAUAAAAUUUAACUAAUUAUUAAGAGGCAAUUGACUGCUAUGAGAAAGCCAUUUCCAUAAAUCCAAAAUAUGAUGUUGCUUGGAAUAAUAUGGGCAAUGCAUUAUCAAGUUUGAAUAAAUAUUAAGAGUCAAUUAAAUGCUUCGACAAAGCUAUUUUCAUAAAUCCAAACAAUGAUCUUGCUUGGAAUAAUAAGGGUAAUUAGCUGUAAGGCAUUAUCGUUUAGGCAAUGCAUUAUAAAAUUUAAAUAUUUAAUAAGAAGCAAUUGAAUGCUAUGAGAAAGCUAUUUCCAUAAAUCCAAUGGUAAUUAGCAGUUAGAAAUUAUUAUUCAGGUACUUCAUUAAUCAAUUUAAAUAAAUAUUAAGAAGCAGUUGUAUGCUUUGACAAAGCUUUUUCGAUAAAUCCAAAAAAUGAAAAUGUGUGGAGUAAUAAAGGUUUCGCCCUACAUAAUUUAAAGAAAUAUAAGGAUGCAAUAAUAUGUUAUGAUAAAGCCCUAUCUAUUAGCAUUACUUCUCUAAGAUUACAACGAAAAGCUGAUUCUCUAUUUGAAUUGGAGAACAAAUAAGAAGCUAAAAAAGCUUAUUUAGAUGCAUUGGAAAAAGGGUCAAAUAAUAAGAAUUAUAUAGAGAAAUAACUAUCAAAGUUAUGA